AUUGCUUUCUGCACUUACACUUUAAUUAGUUCUGCAGAAGAAGCAAAGAUAUAAAAGAUAACAAGGCUGCACUUCCUCUUCUGAGAGAGAAAACAUUUGUCUUUCUUCCUGCAAAUAUGCCAGUGUCUGGCAAGAAAGAAUUUGAUGUGAAACAGAUCCUAAGGCUACGGUGGAGGUGGUUUAGUCAUACUUCUCAAGAUUCACCCAACACUGGAAACUUCCUUCAACAGGAAGGAUAUGAGCAUAGAGGGGCUCCAGUUCAGGGAAGGUUGAAAAACCACUCUAGGGACAGAAAAGGACUGAAGAAAAGCAGUAGUCCUGUCCACCACAUACUGGCACAAGUGCCCGAACCAACCUUUACACAUCAAAAAACCUUUCCUUCUUGGCACCAACACAAUUUGAUAGAAUAUUUUCAACCAAAUGAAGAUACUCCUAAAGCAUUUCCAGAGGACAAUUUCUUCCAAGAAGCAUGUGAGAAGCACUCACAGGAUUUGGAUAUGAUGCCUGGUGAAAAUACAGGAGAAUCUACAGUGAGAUUAGCUCCACAACAUCCUGAAAUAAUGAAUGUUAAGAGACUUGAGGAGAAGUUCCACACUAUUGACCAUGCAGAGAAAACUCUAAAUAAAAUGGAAAACUACCUGAAAGAAAAACAGCUGUGUGAUGUGAAACUCAUUGCUGGACAUCUUCGAAUUCCUGCACAUCGAUUGGUUCUCAGUGCAGUUUCUGACUAUUUUGCUGCAAUGUUCACCAACGAUGUGCUUGAAGCCCAACAAGAAGAGGUCAAGAUGGAAGGAAUUGAUCCCAAUGCACUUAAUUCUUUAGUGCAGUAUGCUUAUACAGGUGUUCUGCAAUUGAAAGAAGAAACUGUUGAAAAUUUGCUGACUGCAGCUUGUCUUCUACAGCUGACUCAGGUCAUUGAAGUCUGCUCCAAUUUUCUCAUAAAACAGCUCCAUCCUUCAAACUGCUUAGGGAUUCGAUCAUUUGGAGAUGUGCAGGGCUGUACAGAGCUCCUGAGUGUGGCACACAAGUACACAAUGGAGAACUUCACUGAGGUACUGAAGAACCAAGAAUUCCUUCAGCUUCCAGCAAAUGAAAUUUCAAAACUGCUAUGCAGUGAUGACAUUAAUGUACCUGAUGAAGAAACCAUUUUUCAUGCUCUAAUGCAGUGGGUAGGACAUGAUGUGCAGGCAAGGCAACGAGACCUAGCAAUGCUACUUUCUUACAUUAGACUGCCAUUCCUUUCACCACAGUUACUGGCAGAUCUUGAAAACAGUUCUAUGUUUACUGAUGAUCUAGAAUGUCAGAAGCUCCUUAUGGAAGCUAUGAAAUAUCAUCUCUUACCUGAGAGAAGACCUUUGAUGCAAAGUCCACGGACAAAGCCUAGAAAAUCAACUGUAGGAUCACUUUAUGCUGUUGGGGGCAUGGAUUCUAUGAAAGGUACUACUACAAUAGAGAAAUAUGACCUCAGGACCAAUAGUUGGCUACAUAUUGGUACCAUGUGUGGCCAUAGGCUUCAGUUCGGUGUUGCAGUUAUUGAUAAUAAACUUUAUGUUGUGGGAGGAAGAGAUGGUUUAAAAACUUUGAAUACAGUGGAAUGUUUAAAUCCAGUUGGUAAAAUAUGGACAGUGAUGCCUCCCAUGUCAACACAUAGACAUGGUUUAGGUGUAGCCACACUUGGAGGACCAAUGUAUGCUGUUGGUGGUCAUGAUGGAUGGAGUUAUCUUAAUACUGUAGAAAGGUGGGACCCCGAAGGACGUCAGUGGAAUUAUGUGGCCAGUAUGACAACUCCUAGAAGUGCAGUAGGCGUUGUGGCAUUAAACAACAAAAUAUAUGCCAUUGGUGGACGUGAUGGAAGUUCCUGCCUUAAAUCAAUGGAAUAUUUUGACCCACACACUAACAAGUGGAAUCUAUGUGCUCCAAUGUCCAAAAGACGAGGAGGUGUGGGAGUUGCAACAUACAAUGGGUUAUUAUACGUUGUUGGAGGUCAUGAUGCUCCUGCCCCUAACCAUUGUUCUAGGCUUUCUGAUUGUGUGGAAAGGUAUGACCCCAAAACUGAUUCAUGGUCAACUGUGGCACCUCUGAAUGUUCCUCGUGAUGCUGUUGCUGUGUGUUCCCUUGGAGAUAAACUGUAUGUGGUUGGAGGUUAUGAUGGACAUACUUAUUUGAAUACUGUUGAGUCAUAUGAUACACAGAAAGACGAAUGGAAAAAGGAAGUUCCUGUUAACAUUGGAAGAGCAGGUGCAUGUGUUGUGGUGGUGAAGCUACCAUAAAAUUAUAUUUAUCAAAUGGAAGAAAACUGGAUAACUUUAAGAAACAGAAUAAGAAGAAUAAAGGAAGAUGACACAUGUUCUUCAAUUAGUAAGAAUACAAAAUUCUUGUGACAUUUUAAUAUGCUGUUAUAAUUUAUUUCACUUGUAAAGUCAAAAUAUGCUUUUAAACAUUAAUUACAUACAGGUGUUAAGUGAAGUUUUGUCACAGCUGCUAUGAAAUAUACAUAUAUAUAUGAUAAGGUUGUGAAUAUUUAUCAUGAAAAUUCAACCUCAAGCUCUAAAAUGCCAGGAAUCACAUGUAUAGAACCUAAUAUUCCACUUAAAUAUUUUGUGAACUCCGUAAGCACCUACUUUUAAAUAAACCAAUGACCCACAACCCAGCCAGGGCCUUCCUCAUGUUCAGAUUCAUCAUCCUGAACCAUUUAUUCAUUUAGA